GGGCGGGUCUACAUAUGAAUGAAUACAGGAAGUGAGCUGCGUGAGACUGCAAUUUGACGUUCGCGAAGACGUUUAACAAAGGACCUCAUCAGCAUUACUGAAUCUCAGCCAAGAUGGUGGACUCCCAAUACUACCUCCCAAAUGACAUCGGCAUCUCUGCCCUUGACUGUGCCGAAGCCUUUCGUCUGCUCUCACCUCAGGAGAAGAUGUAUGCCCACUAUCUGUCACGCGCCGCUUGGUAUGGUGGUCUCGCUGUGCUACUGCAGACGUCUCCGGAGUCUGCAGACAUCUUUGUCCUGCUGCAGAGAAUCUUCAGGAAGCAGACACCAGAGCAGCUGGAACAGGUUGCCAAAGCAGCUGGCCUCAGCUCUGAGGAGUACCAGGCAUUCCUGGUGUAUGCAGCUGGUGUGUAUGCAAACAUGGGCAACUACAAGUCUUUUGGAGACACCAAAUUCAUCCCAAAUCUACCAAAGGACAAGCUGGAGGCUCUGGUGAGGGCCAGCCAGGUGUUUCAGGAGAAGCCCAGUGAGAUGGAGGCUUUGUGGAACAGCUGCUCCUGUCUCAUGUACUCGCUUGAAGACAGACAGAAACAACUUGGCCUCGGUGACAAGGGAAUUAGCACCUAUUUCUCAGGAAACUGCUGUCUGGAGGAUGCAGAGCUGGCUCAGAGGUUCCUAGACUCAAAAAAACUGUCUGCCUACAACACGCGCCUGUUCAAGAAGGACAGUGGAGGGAAAACCUGCUAUGAAGUGAGACUGGCGUCCGCUGUGCAGAAAGAUUGUGCCGUGGAUGGGGAGUGUGAGUCCUGCUGUGGCAGCUUCAGCUUUGAGGACAAAGAGUUCAUUGUGAAGAGGGGAGAUUAUUGUMCAAUUAUGGAAAAAGUCUGUUAUUACCUCCAACAAGCACAGGCUUAUGCCGCCAAUGAGAACCAAAAGAAGAUGCUGGAAGAGUACCAGCGCAGUUUCACUCUGGGUUCCAUCGAAGCCCACAAAGAGGGCUCACGAUACUGGAUCAAAGACAAAGGACCAAUUGUUGAGAGUUAUAUCGGGUUCAUAGAGAGCUACAGAGAUCCAUUUGGCUCUAGAGGAGAAUUUGAAGGCUUUGUCGCGGUGGUGAACAAGGCGAUGAGCGAGCGUUUUGCUAAGCUGGUGGGUUCGGCUGAAGUCCUGCUCCCCGAGUUGCCUUGGCCCCAGGAGUUCGAGAAAGACACGUUCCUCAAACCCGACUUCACCUCGCUGGACGUCCUGACGUUCGCCGGGAGCGGAAUCCCAGCUGGCAUUAACAUCCCCAACUAUGACGACAUCAGACAGUCAGAGGGUUUUAAAAAUGUGUCGCUUGGUAACGUGCUGGCUGUAGCUUACGCUACUCAGAAAGAAAAGCUCACCUUCCUUCAAGAAGAGGACAAAGAUUUGUUCAUCAAAUGGAAGGGCCCAUCCUUCGAGGUGCAGGUUGGACUCCACGAGCUGUUGGGUCAUGGAAGUGGGAAGCUGUUUGUCCAGGAUGACAAAGGCAAGUUCAACUUUGAUCAGAGUAAAGUGAUCAACCCAGAGACCGGAGAAGCGGUGUUGAGCUGGUAUCGGGGAAGCGAGACGUGGGACAGUAAGUUCUCCACCAUCGCCUCGUCUUAUGAAGAAUGCCGUGCCGAAUGUGUCGGCCUCUAUCUGUGCCUCAACAAACACGUGCUGAGUAUUUUUGGCCAUGAAGGACAGGAGGCAGAGGAUGUGGUGUACAUCAACUGGCUGAGCAUGGUCCGAGCAGGAUUACUGGGCCUGGAGUUCUACACUCCUGAGAGCAAGAGCUGGAGACAGGCUCACAUGCAGGCCCGUUUCGUCAUCCUGCGUGUUCUGCUGGAAGCCGGAGAGGGACUGGUGGGCCUGGAGGAAGUGACGGGUCAGGACGGCAAGCCUGAUGCGCGCAUCACGAUCGACCGAAGCAAGAUCCACACUGUGGGCAAGAACGCCAUCCACAGGUUCCUGUGUAAACUGCAGGUGUUUAAGUCGACAGCUGAUGUGGAAGGAGGCAGGGCUCUGUAUGAGGGUUACUCCUCUGUCAGCGACAGCGGCGCCCACAGCUUCCUGCGACUGCGUGAGACCGUGCUGCUGAGGAAGGAGGCUCGCAAAAUGUUUGUCCAGGCCAACACCAGAGUCAGCGGGGAGAGCGUUGAGCUGGUGGAGUAUGAAGGCAGCGCCGCAGGUCUGAUUCGCUCCUUCGCCGAGCGUUUCGGGGACGACGCAGGACAGGUGGAGGCCGACCUGCUGGAGCUGCGCAAAAGAGACGCCCCCUGCUGGUGCUGAUGGAUUAUCUCACCCAACGAGUUUCUCAACUACAAGCUGCUCAAACCUCAUGGAGAAAAACAAAUGUUUAAAAAGGUGGCAAGAAGAAUAAAUAAACCUUUAAUUAAAGCCAUAAGAAUCAACAAGUCUAACAGCUGGCAGUCACAGAAAACAUGAACAAACUGUCAGCCUAACAAAUAAUAAAACAAGAUUGUCACUGAAGAAUUUAGUUUGGACUUCAGGUGAUGUAGCUGCAGUAAAGAAACAUUUAAUUUUCUGCCGUUUUUCUUUUUGUUUGAUAUAACUGAAAAGUGAAAAACUAUCAAAUGAGAUGUUAUGAGGCAAAACUAAUAAAAUGUGUUUGAUAAAUAAAAAACUUAUUUGUAUUUCAUUAA